AUCACUGAGCUGUGUGUCACUGUGACUGUAUUUUCAUGGUUAAUGCUGUAUUCUUGGUACAGUUGCUGAAAUCUAGGAUCAUUUUUCUUGCUCCCUCUACAGGCUGCAAUGUAGAAAAUGCCUGCACCGCUCUUGGUAUCUGCGCUGAGAAGACUGCGAUCUCCAAAGCCGUGUCAGAGGGACAUAGAGAUUUCAAGGCCAUUGCUGUAGCAAGUGACAUGGUGGAAAGUUAUAUCUCACCGUGUGGUGGCUGCAGACAAUUUAUGAGGGAGUUCGGGCUGGAGUGGGACAUUUAUUUAUCGAAGCCAGAUGGGACUUUCAUGAAGAUGACAGUAGAGGAGCUCCUUCCGGAGUCCUUUGGUGCGGAUGAUUAAAGAUUAUCUAGAAAAA